UUUGCAGCUCUGAAGAUUGCGGUUGUAGAUAUCUAUCAUUCCCGGCUAAAGGAAAGACAGAGAAGAAAAAAAAUUAUAAGAGAUCAUGGCCUAAUCAACCUCAGAAAAUUCCAGAUUCUGGAAAGACGGUACCCAAAGGAGGUUCAAGACCUUUAUGAGACAAUGCGACGAUUUGCACGGAUUCUUGGACCAGUGGAGCACGAUAAAUUCAUCGAAAGCCACGCACUGGAGUUUGAGCUGCGCAGGGAAAUCAAGCGGCUGCAGGAGUACAGAGCAGCCGGAAUCACCAACUUCUGCAGUGCGAGGACGUACGACCACCUCAAGAAGACGCGAGCCGAGGAGCGCGUGAAGCGCACGAUGCUCUCCGAAGUGCUGCAGUACAUCCAGGACAGCAGCGCCUGCCAGCAGUGGCUCAGCCGACAAGCUGAUAUUGAUUCCGGCCUGACUCCCACCGUGCCAGUUCCUUCCAAUUCAGGCAGUGGGGAGGGCCCCCCCGGGCUCCCCGGGACGGAGAAACUCAACGAGAAGGAAAAGGAGCUCUGUCAGAUGGUGAGAUUGGUCCCUGGAGCCUAUUUAGAGUAUAAAGCUGCUCUGGUGAACGAGUGCAACAAACAAGGAGGCCUGAGACUGGCGCAGGCUCGAGCGCUCAUUAAGAUCGACGUGAACAAAACGCGGAAAAUCUACGACUUCCUGAUCAGGGAAGGGUACAUCACAAAAGCAUGAGGCCGGCGCGAGCGCCCUGGACGGAGCAGACACACGUGGAGAAGCUUUGAAGUCACUUUGACAGUGCUGAAAGAUUUUAACAGUGUUGAAUCAAGGAUGCUUCCUGCUGGUUAAA